AUGGAUGGGCCAUAUGAAGUGUUGCUGAGAGAAAGAGAUGCGGCACUUGAAGGUACCACACAAGGCCUACUGAAGUUUCCAAUGGCCUUAAUGGACCCUAUUAAACGAGUCAUUCGCCAUUCCACACGUAAAGCUGCUGGCCAUAAUAAAGAGGAAGAAACUCCAGUUGCCGGUGCAGCAUUUGGAUUUAAUCAAGUAAAAGCCGAAAAUGUAUUCCCUUCGACCCCAAGUUCGUUAAAGCAACGUCUAGAUGAGGCCAUUGAAUCGGUCAGCAACGUCCUGCCUAACGUAAGCGAUAUGCCGACCUACACUUUUGUUUCAUCUCCCACCUCUGCUGAUUCACAUCAUAUAUCGAGUUCCCCUGAGGGUUCAGGAGCAGGCGAGCCGCACCCAGAACUUCGAGCCAGCUCCAUAAAUGAAGAAUCGCUGUACCAGACGUAUCUGGCAAAAUAUCUUGGCGACUGCUCUUUCGAGUCACGCAUCACAAACAAUGAGCCAAAUUUAGAUACUGGACUUCGAUUGUUGACCAAAGCAUUAAUAGAUCCCAGACUUUUCAACCUUACAGCGUGGUGCUACGAUACACCCGGUUUGCUUGCCUCGGAUCAGAUGUUGAAUUAUCUUUCCCCUGCUCAGCUGUCUCAUUUACAGAAAAUCGAGGGCUCGACUUUUGAUAGACGAUUUAAGGACACAGUUCAUGCGAAAAACUUGUUGAUCCCACGGACUUUUGUGCUACAAUCGGGACUCAGUCUUCUUCUUGGGCGACUUGGCCGGAUCGAUGUUAUU